AAAGUAAGAAAGCGGGAUGUUUACAUGUUGCAAAUUGCUGUCAGUGGUUUCAGGGAAAGGGACUUCGGGAAAUCUAUCGCUGCGGAUUGCAAGUCGCGAAGUUUGCCACUAGAUGUCCCUGCAAGCUAAAAUAGCUUUGUUGCCUUUAGAGCAUCCAGUUUGGGUUUUUUGAGGGUAUGAAAUGGUUUUGUGCGCUGUGUUUUUUCCCUUUUCUUCUUUCCUCUUUUGUUCUACUUGCAGCCUUUAGGCAGAUGAAUGCAUAACUGCAUGUGUGUUGCUUUCUAAUCUUUGGAGUUUCUGAUAGUAGUGAAAGCUGUGAGAGUGCGUGUGAAGGCUUAGAACUGAAAGAGCAAAGGCUCACGUUUCCAUUUCUCUCUUUCUUUUAGUCAGAAAACUUAAUGGGUUUUGUGGUGAUGUUGAAUUUGUAUCUGUUAUACAACUCCAGAAGCACUUCUUGUUCAUGUGAGCCGUAGGGUCCAGGCCCAAGCCCUGUGCACAUAGUUCUACAGGUUGGUGUACAGUUGCACAUUUACAUUUGGUACUGCAGCUUAUGGAACCAGACAUCUGAGAUGAAGAGAAGUACUGUUGUUUGCUUUUUUAUGGCGGUCACGAUUAACCUUGUUGAUAUGCUUAGAAAUUCUGAGGAGCAUGCUGCCUGGAGUUCUCUUUGUCCUCUCACGUAGCUUAUUGUCCUUAGGGUUUCUGGGCAGAUUUUCCCACGUGGCUGCUGCUUGAACAAUAGCAAAUGCCACAAUAUUGAGUCUGAAAAUGGCUACUGUGCUUUGUUUCUCAACAACCAACAAAAGCCAGGAAUGAAAAACAGAUCCUAGUUUGAUUAGAAGGUUCUUCAGAAUUUAUUCUGUUCAUGUACGAAACGUGCGGUGUAUGCAUAUAGGGCAGCCAUUGAGGAGAACAUUCUUUAUUCCAAUUUCCUCCUCCUUAUCCUCAGCAGAUUUGGACAGAGCAGAAUGAAAGCAAUUGCUGUUGUCAUCGUGUGCUGAUAAUUUUCAUCUAGUUUGUAGUUUGGGGCUUUCUAGAAUGAAAUGCUGAGCAUUUAAGGUAGGGCUGUGGAAGAUCUGAGGACUAGAAUGCAGGAGAACGUGAUGUGUCCAGCUCCAAAUGUGAAGAAGUAGCCAUCGUGAACGGGCAUCACAAAAUGGAUACUUUGGGCAGCCUCCUUCCUCCCGUGGUUGGAAAUGGUGAUGCGGCCAAUUCCCAAGAGCUGCAAAAACUUCUGAUUGAUGAAAAAAUGCGCUGUGAACACCAUAAAGCAAAUUAUCAAACUAUAAAGGCAGAGCAUUUAAGAUUACAGGAAGAGUAUACAAAAUCCCAAGAUGAACUGAAGCGGUUGCUGGUUGAAAAGCAGGCUGUACAUGACAAAUUCCAGCUGCUUCUUGCAGAAUACAGAGAGGAGUUGCUGGGUAAAACACAGGAGUUGGAAAAACUGAAGAUGCAGGUGCUAACUCCUCAAAAAUUAGAGCUGCUAAGAGCACAAAUACAACAGGAAUUGGAAUCUCCAAUGACAGAACGUUAUCGGAAACUAGAAAAUGAAAUGGAAAAAUACAGAACAGAGUAUAACAAACUUCGGUAUGAGCAUACUUUCCUGAAGUCGGAAUUUGAGCAUCAAAAAGAAGAACAUGAACAUGUUUUAGAGGAGGAGAAAAUAAAAUAUGAGGCAGAGAUUGCGAGGCUGGAGAAAGAUAAAGAAGAGCUCCAUAAUCAGCUGGUUAGCGUUGAUCCCACGAGGGACAGUAAACGUGUGGAGGUCCUCUCCAGAGAAAAAGCACAACUGUGUCAGAAAUUAAAAGGCUUAGAAGCAGAAGUAGCUGAACUAAGAGCAGAAAGAGACAACUGUGGUGUACAAGCAGAAAGUGUCCAAAGGGUGCAAGUACGGCAGUUAGCUGAGCUGCAGAGUCUGGCAAGGUCUCUAGAGGCAGAAAAGAAGUCAGCUGAACAACACAUUAGUCGGAUUGAGGAAGAACUGCAGAUGUGUCGUGAGCAGAACUUUCUUUUAACUAGCAAACUCCAUAAAUCUGAACAAGAAGUCAAUUCCUUGGCUGCUAAAGUAGAAGAACUUAAACAGUCACACAAAUUAGAAGUGACAAAUGUCAAACUGGAGGCAGCAAGAACUAAGAAUGAAGUAGAAAGAGAGAGAAACAAGAUUCAAAGUGAAAUGGAUGGAUUGCUGUCAGACAAAGAAGUUCUUAAGGAAGCUGUUGAGCGUCAUAAAGUGCUUUUAGUAGAAAAGGAUCAAGAGUUGGUUCGUAAAGUGCAAGCUGCCAAAGAGGAAGUUUUUGGAAAAAUUGCAGCCUUACAGGAUGAAAAGUUAGAACUCGAGAGCAGAUUAGCUCAUGUGGAGAAGGUGAAGUUGGAACAGGAUGCUUGGAGACAAACUGAAAAGGAUCAGUAUGAAGAGAAGCUACGUGUGGUGCAGCUGGCAGAGGAAUCUAGCAAAAGGGAACUUCAGUGCCUGCGAUUAAAAAUUCAACAGCAAGCUAUUCAGACAGAGGAGCUCGAAGAAAAGAAACGUGAGAGAGAUGAUCUAAAACAGCAAAUUCAAGACAUGCAACUCCAAGUGGCUUCACUUUCUCGGUCAGAAAAUGAUUUGCUGGAAUAUAAUCAGAAGUUGAAGGAAACAGUAGAAAGAUUGAGACAAGAAUGUCAAAAUGCAAGAACUCAGGCAGAAAAAGCCCAACUGGAAACAGAGAAGGCUUUAGAAUACAGGCGCAUGGAGUGGCUGGAGGAGAAGCAUCUGCUUACUCAGCGCGUCACAGAGAAGGAAGAGAAAUACAACGAGGUGAAGAACAAGCUGUGUCGAGCUGCAGUUGCCCAAAAAAAGAGAAAGACUCUCAAUGAUAAUAAACAAAGGAGGAUGCAAGAGAAACUGCAACUUUUGGAAGCCAAGAUAGAAGAACUAGAAAAAGAAAACCAGGUGUUAAAUAGGCAGAAUGUUUCCUAUGAAGAACACACACGUCUCCAGAGGAGACUGAAGGACUUGCAGCGCAGACACAACGAAUUCCGCAGUUUGAUUUUGAAUCCUGGCAUCCCAUCCCUGAACCCAGUCAGUGUAACAUCAGCAUCUGUCCCGCCUCCUGGGCCCGACGUGUCCUUCCUCCUCCUUCAGGAAGAACAGCAUCAGAGAGAGCUCUCCCUGCUUCGCAAGCGGCUGGAAGAUCUCGAAACCAGGCAGAGAAAGCAGCUGCAGGAGCUUGGGCCAGCUGGGGAGCGGCUCACAGCAGGAACACGCAGGGAGCUGGCGUCCAACAGGGGAGCAGAGGGAGCUGCCGUGCAGAGUGAGGACUCUGCAUAAGGUGUGCAAACUGUAGGUGCUGUUUGCAGUAGCUUCUCCUGGCUACGUGCUCUUAAUAUCCUCCAAAGCACGACUGUGUGUGCGGAGGUGUGGGAAAUACAUCCUGUGUAGUUUUGUGUUUUGAUAGACUGCCAUCCGCUAGCAAACGGGAUGGUAUCUAAAUGAAAGCAUUGUAACAGCAUUUUGAAAAUAUCUUUAUAGAAAUGCUAUACAAAUAUUUGGAAGUCAAGACAUGCAAUAAACUACAUUUUUGAUAGUACUCCAGCUGCUGGAAUCCACGCCUGGAGUGGUGCUCCGAAAUUCCCAUGCAGACAGAUGGGGUGAAAUGGGUGCUCCUGACUUUGCUCUUGUCCAUGUGCCUCUUGGUUUUGUAACAUCAAGAAGCAACAAUCAGUUUCUAAAAAAAUACUGUUGUAGAGAUGAAGUGUAACAAAUUGCCUUCAGGUGAUGAAAACGUUAGUUUGUAUUUGUUGCCACUGUAGGUUGUUUUGUCAGCUACAAUAAAUUUAUUUAUUUAAGG